AUGAGCCUACCUAAGAAUAAAGCAUAGACACCUGGACUUACAUAAUAGGAUUUUAAUUCAACAAUGCUUGAUAACACUCAUCUAGAAAAUAUCUAUAUGAAAAUCACAGAUAAGAAUGGUUAGAUAAAUGAUAAGUUUUUGCAGCUAUUGGAAAAGUUAGACAUCGAACCAUAAGACUUGAUUAAGAAAAGAAUAGUAAAGCUCAAAGUAAUUCAUGAUGAAUUAUUAAAAAAGAGGAAGGCCUCAGCUGAUGAAUUCAGACAUAAGAAGAGGUAUAAGAUAGCUCCAGCUACUAUAAAGCUAGAACCACUUCAAUUGAAUUCAGCGAUUAACGCAUAUAAUCCAUAAAUAAAUAUAAACCAAAACAGCAAUUCAAAUUUCUUCAUGACUUAAGUGAAUCAUAAUGAUAUUCCUCCAACACCUUCAAAAGUAUAGUAGAGGUUCAACAGUCUCAAUCCAUUAAUUGGAGAGGAUCCAAGUGGAAAUAAAAGAAAUAAUUUAAGCACCUUUCUCCAUGCUCGAAAAGAAAAUUCAAUGAUGGUUUCCCCUAACCACAAACCUUUUCUUGGAGAAAUGGGUAAUAAUGGUCAUCAAACUCCCAAUAUUACUAAAUAUAGGCAAAGACAUGAUCCAACAUUUCAAUCAUUUGAUUUAUAAAGGGAACGCGAAAAAUUGUUUAAAUUCUUGAAAAUAAAAGAGAAUUCUUUUAAGCUCAGGGAAGAUCUGAGUCUAAAGAUGCAGGAAAUGAUGAACAAAAAAGAAUUGAAAUUAAAGAAAAUCUAAGAUCGAUUCAAGAAAGACAUGAAGGACAAAAGUUAAAAAAUAUAGAAAGUAGAAAUAUAGAGAGAGACAAAGAAGUAGUGGAUGAAUGAUAGAAUUAGUAUGCAAUAUGAGAAUGCUGAUUUAGAGUAUCAAAAGUAUUUAGAUGAACUUAGAAAAAGAUAGCAAGAGAAGGAGCUUAAAUAGAAGGAAAUGUGCUUAUAAGAAUAUAAAUAGUAUUAGAGAAAUUUUAUGAAGUCUUAAGGCAAUUUCCAUGUUUUUAAGAAGACACUUGAAGAGUAAGCUAGAAAAACUACUGUUGAACUUGACACCCUAGAAACAAGAUUGAAUUCACAUAGAGAGAGAUCUGUGAUGAUUAGGGAUCAAGUAAGACAAUAGAUUCAUUCUUCUUUAACUAGGGUUGCUGUAGCUAAGGAAUAAUUACUACUAAAGCAUGAAGCUGAGGAAGAAUAAAGGCUAAGAGAAUUUUUGGAAAGAUAAGACAAAAAGAAAGCUAAACUUGAAAAGCAUGAAAAAGCUAAGCAAAAAAUGCUAAAUCAAAAAGCUCAAAAAAACUUUAAAAAUCGUUAGAAUCAUUCAGUGAUGGAAAAUUAUGAAGACAAUAGUGAGAUGCUAAUGUAAAGCAUUAUGAGUAAACAGAACUAAAUUGAAUAAAAGAUAUAAACAAUCAAGUAAAAAAGACAGAGAGAUAAUCAAUUAAAGCAUGAAAGAUAUACAUUGGUUGAAAAAGAUCAUAAGAGAAAAUAAGAAAAGUAAAAAUCUCAAAGGGAAAGACUUAAGAGUAGAAUAUUUGAGAAAUAUUUAUAGAUUGAAGAGAAAGUUUAGAAAAUUAGAUAAUCUCGGGCCUCUUAAAUUGAGUUUAGUAGACUUGCACAUGAGGUUCAAAAACAGAAAGUAUUUCAAAAUUAUUAAUGA